UGCAGUGUUGAAGAUCAACACAAAAGUUUCAACGAUUUAUUUUGAUCAAUCACGUAUUUAAACAAAUUAUUUUGAAUGAAGAAUAACGUAUUCGCGCGAAGUUCAGUGCUGUGAUUUCCGUUAAACGUGAAUUUGGUUUGGUUUCCUUCAUUUUUUUCUUUAAAUUUCUCACGCUGCAUGACGGCUAGGAAAGAUGGGGCCUUUUAUUAAACAGUCGUGGGUGGUCCUGGGCGCAGCGCUGAACAUCGCGGGUCACGGCUGCGCACACGGCUACCCCGCCGUGCUGUUCGCGCAGCUCAAACACGGACCCAUACUUCUCACUGACCAUCACACCUCCUGGAUAGCAUCAGCAGUUGGAGCUAUGGGCAUCGUGGGCAACUUCAUCUCACCAAUUUUGAUGACCAGAUUUGGACGACAGAAGGCCCAUUUACUCAGCACCGUCCCUGCCUUACUGGGGUGGGUAGUCUUCGUAUUAGGAAACAGCGUUCCUGCCUUCCUCUUCGCCAGAUUGCUCCAUGGUCUAGCCUUGGGCUUAAGAACCCCGUUAGCUGCGAUAUUGGUAGCAGAAUACACUGACCCAAAAUACCGAGGAGCCUUUUUGGGAACCUUCGCUAUUUCCUUAGGCCUUGGUAUAUUUUUGUCACAUAUUUGGGGAGCGUAUUUGACAUGGAAAAUGACUUCAGUCGUCUGCGCUAUGUUUCCCUUAGCGGCUAUGGCGAUAAUAAGUUUGUCACCAGAGUCCCCUAGUUGGUUGGUGUCUAAAGGCAAGUUCGAAGAGGCAAAGAAGGCUUUUAGAUGGGUCAGAGGAGAUGGACAAGAGCAAAGAGAAGAAUUACAAGCGAUGAUAGAGGCACAGAAGGAAGAAAUGAAGAGUUCUGAACAGAAAAGAUUGGAGGAAACGAAAACAAUCACAUGCAAAGGGGUCGUCAAGACUGUGUUGGAUUCUAUUAAAGAAGUGCUCAGGAUUUUCAAGAAGAAGGAGUUCUACAAGCCAGCGAUUAUAGCAAUAACUAUGCUGGUGAUCUUCGAAUUUGGAGGUGCACACAUGGUGCCGGCAUACGGGAAUUUAAUACUUCAAUCAGUUUUGGACAAAGACAGCAUAGAAGAUGUCAAUUGGCAAUUCACUGUGAUUGACCUCUUGAGGACUGUUUGCGCUUUCCUAGCCAUAUUCCUGUUGAAAUAUUUCAAACGAAGGACUAUAUUGUUUUCCAGUGGUAUAAUGACAGUUUUAUCAUUAACUUCAGUGUCUGCGUUUGUCUACAUGAGAAGAGCAGAAUGGUUUCCUAAUACCUGGUUCAUAGACGCUAUACCAAUGUCUUUGAUGGUGUUGUACACAUUAUCAUUCUGUUUAGGUUUAGUACCAUUAAACUGGGUUAUAUGUGGUGAGAUCUUCCCAUUAGCCUAUAGGAGUUUAGGAUCGACGUUAUCUACUUCAUUUCUGACUCCAUCUUUCGUAGUGUCUAUGAAAACAGCGCCUCAUAUGUAUAGGUCAAUAGGAGUCGAAGGCGCGUUUUUAGUUUAUUCAGCAUUAUUAGCUUUAGGGUUAGUCAUAAUGUAUGUUUUAUUACCAGAAACAAAGGAUCGGACUUUGCAAGAUAUAGAAGAUAGUUUUAAAGGUAAAGUGAGGGUGGACUCUGAAGUGCAAGCAAGAUUGAUCGAGCAUAAAGACAUAGUGAUUGUUAAAUAGAUUUAGGAUCAAAUAACUUUUGUCAGCAUCGCAUCGCACUUUGCUAUCCUUCUGUCCUUUUCAGUUACUUCUUAUCGUGUGGAUUGUGAGGUGGAAUACCAACCAUCAACCCUGGUGUCAGAGUUAUUACUGAGCCGCUAAUGGCCCAAUACAAUUAUGGUACAAAUUAAUACAAUGUAGGAUAUCUAUCUUAUACCUACCUACUACAAUUUAUAUAUAUGUAUUGUCUUCUUGAAAAUAAAUAGGUAAAAUUAAAUAUACUUUUAUAAUUAAUACUUAGAUCUAAGUAAAUUUAACACUGUGAUAAACUAAUAACAUACAUAAACUGCCUAUACGUAUAUACGUCCCACUGCUGGGCACAGGCCUCCCCUCAAUCAACCGGAGGGGGAUUGGAGCAUACUCCACCACGCUGCUCCAGU